ACCGCUUAAUUUGUUUACUGAAUAGAGUUUAAUUAAAAGAUUCAAAAAUUGUAAUUUGAAAAAUAGUUCAUUAAAAAAAAAAUAAACGGAAUAACCAGCUUUCAAGCUGAACUAAGUUUUUCAUGGUGUUAUAAAUUCAUCUAUGUUCUGCAGGAACACCGUCGCCAUUCCACCACUCCCAGUGAUGUGUUGGAUAUGAGCAAAGCCAGCUCGGAGAACUCCUUGCUGGAAGAUAGCAAUGUCGUCGUAGACAGUGUCGAACUUGCUGCUGUGCAGACUCGCCGACUGGAAUACCUGGAAAGCCAGUUUAGCAACUUUUCCAAGUUCAUUGAACAAAGGAAUCAGCAACGGUCCGAUGAAAAUGCUAAUGUUGUAUCGCCGGAGUCGCAGAGCCGCAGCUCCCAGCGUAAGAGAAAAAUCCCCAAGCGACUGUCGGAUUCGGUACUGCCUCAGGACAAAGAAACUGGUAAUAAGCGAGGAACACAUCAAAGAGAGAGCUCAAAACUACAUGCACAGGAAGUGGUUCAUUUUUCCGAGUCUCCAACUUUUAUAAACGGCACCAUGCGCGAUUACCAGAUUGCCGGCCUGAAUUGGCUUAUCUCCCUAUAUGACAACGGUAUGAACGGAAUUUUAGCCGACGAAAUGGGUUUGGGUAAAACGGUGCAAUCCAUUUCCAUGCUAGGAUUUCUACGUUAUCAUCGCAACAUCAAAGGACCCCAUUUGGUGAUUGUUCCGCUGUCGACGAUUGAAAAUUGGGAGCGUGAGUUUAGGAAAUUUCUACCUGAAGUCAAAGUGCUUCAUGGCCACUGCUACAAGGAUGGCAAGAAGGAUUUCGCACAUCUUUUGAAGGCGCAACGUCGUACUUGGGAUGUGGUCAUAACCAGUUAUCAAUUCUUUGUGACGCAGUCAAGCACAUUUCAAAAGAUUAAUUUUCAUUACGUGAUCGUUGACGAAGCUCAACGGUGCAAAAAUGAAAACACCUUGCUGCCAAAAGCGCUACGCAAUACCCACUUUCGCAGUAUGCUUUUCAUGACGGGAACACCGAUCAACAACAACUUACACGAGUUGUGGGCUAUCUUGAAUCUGUUGUUACCCGAAUUCUUCCGCAAUGCAGAUGAUUUCGAUUCCUGGUUUAAAGUCGAAGAUUGCAUUGACCCGAACAAAGAAGGUGCAGCUCGAUUGAAAAACAUUCUCCAGCCAAUCAUGCUUCGACGUGUUAAGGCCGAUGUCGAACUGUCACUUAAGCCUAAAAUGAAGACGACAAUAAUGAUGCCACAGACCCGUUCGAUGAAGUUCUGGUCAAAGAAAAUCUUAGCAAAAGAUAUUCAGAUUCUCAAGGGCAACGGUGAGUAUACCAAUUGUGCUAUUGCGAAUGUCUAUCCAUUCUUAAGGGAAGCUACCUUACAUCCCUAUUUGAUUCCGGGUGCCGAGACAGAUUCGUCUAUAACCGAUCAAAAUAUAGUAGAUUGUAGUUCAAGGAUGAUCGUACUGAAUAAUCUGCUGCCUAAAUUGAAGCAGCGAGGGUCGAGGGUGUUAAUUUUCUCGCAGUUUGUCAUGAUGCAGGACAUCCUACAUGACUACUUCGUGUGGAAAGGUUAUAAAUUCUUACGUCUUGAUGGUCGCCUUCCACAAAAUGAACGGCAACAACUGAUAGACGAUUUCAACGCCCCAAAUUCGGAAUUCUUUAUUUGUAUGCUGACUACACGUGCUGGCGGCGUAGGGUUGAAUUUGCAAUCAGCUGAUACGGUUAUAUUCUUCGACAUAGACCCAAACCCACAGCAAGAUUUCCAGGCAGAAGAUAGAGCUCAUCGCAUCGGUCAGCUCAAACAGGUUCACGUGAUCCGGUUCUGUGUAUUGGGUACCGUCGACGAGUAUUUGUACGAAGUAUCCAACCGUAAAACAGCUCUUGACAAGGCAAUUAUCAAAAAAAGUUUGGGUGAAGCCGAGCAGUUGACCUUCGUACGCCGUUUCUCUAAGGAAUUAGACGAUGCUUUCAGUCUUGAUAUUGAUGCUGUGGAUAAACAAAUAGAUGAGCUUUUUGAGGCGAUCGACCGAGGAGAACGUUCUGCAGAAAAAAAGACUCUCUUCCAGGACCUCGUCAUAAAAUCGCGCACAAAGCGUUCUCGAUCAGAAGAGCGAGAACUUGAAGAGAUAAAAAUCAAUGAAUAUCACGAUAAAACGGAAGAUCCGGUUAUCGAUCUGAACAGUUCUGGAUAUACGUUCCGGCCAAGAAGAGCGAAAAAAGCUCGCUAUACUUUGCCGGCUUAUUUUGGCAGUGAAUGUUCUGAUAAAGAUGAUGUUCGCGUAAACGAUAGGAGCAGUCCAGAUUAUGAGCCUGAACCCGAAUCUGAGCCGGAGCCUGAAGAACCCAAACGCAAAAAACCCAAAAAAGCCGCCCGUCAUACUGUGGGGCCCGAUUUUAAGCAAGUCAAAGAUGUUUGUUAAUUCUAGUUCUCUGUUAUUUUUACAAGACUGCCUACGUUUGAAUGAUGAAAGUGUCUGAAAAACAUUUCCAAUUCCUGGUCAAUGUAUCACUUGUUGAUGGUUUUGUGUGAGUCGAGACGCUCGACUUACAUUUAAGACUUAAGCUUAUUUCUGGUGUAAACGUUACCAAUAACGCCAAUAACAAUACUCAUGAUUGGGAGAUUACAUAUUACCGAAUAUUUACCUCUGUACUAUUAUUACCUUACUGUGUUCCGAGUACAAACGUUAUCGUUCCUUUUUACAAACUCUGUAGUAUUAAAAAAUGUGUUUUAAUAAAAGUGCGUUACAG